AUGAAGUCCCUAUUGUUCACUCUUGCAAGCUUCAUGCUCCUGGCCCAAUUGGUUUCAGGUAGUUGGUAUGUGAAAAAGUGUGCAAACAAAAUUGGAAAUUGCAGGUCGACAUGCAGAGUGGGAGAGGCGGCGAUACAGCCUGCUACUGGGAUAUGCCCCAAAGAAAAAAUGUGCUGCAUCCUGUCUGGCAAAGAGUUUAAUUCUGUUGUCUGCGGGGAAAACUCAAAGAUGACAACCACGGCACAUGCUUCAGAAGUUUCAAUGAGUACCACUAACUGAACAUUCCCACCGUCUCCUGACCUAGGAUCCCUGCUUCAUAAAGCAAAGGGCUUUACUCUGGCGUCACUCUCCUCGAUACACCCUCUUCCCCUGUCCCUCCACGGAACAAUGUCUGGAAGGGCAUCAUAUUUCCUUAGCACCAGCAGUGCCAGGGAAGAGAUGCAAAUAAGGUAG